AUGGUUGCCCAAAAUAUGAUUGUGCUAAAAAAAGAAUUCUCACAAUUACAAGGUGCUUAUGAAGCACAACACAACCAAAUAGCAUUAUUAAGGGCAGAACUUGAGGAACAUUGCGAUCAAUCGCGUAAUCAACAUAUUUUUUAUUCAAACCAAAUUCAAGGGGCGGCUACUUCCAUCCAGGCUGUGCAAGAUCAGCUUCUUCAUCAAUCUUCCUCUUGCUCCACAGCUCCACCCCCCCUGCCUUCUGGCACUACCACCUCUAUCAAUCCCCCACCUGCCCCUACGUCUUCUACUUCUGAUUUAAAAUUUGCCAAACCAAACAAAUUUAGUGGCAAAAAAGAAGACGCCCUCAAUUUUAUCAUUGCCUGUCAGGCUUACAUAAGGGCAAAGGGAGCAAACCGAUCCCAUGAGGAAAAGAUUCUUUGGGUAACAUCAUAUUUUGAGGGAGCAGCAGAAGAUUGGGUACGUCCAUAUAAGGAAAGGAAGGUGUUUAGGGGAGAAGCGGUUCCCUUGUUGGAAAAUAUUGAUGUAUUUUGGGCGGAAUUCACUAAACAUUAUGUGGACACAAAUCGUGAUGAAAAGUACCGUCAAAAAUGGAACAACUUGCGGCAGAAGGCUUCAGUUCAAGAGUACACUUGGGAAUUCCAACAAUACUCAGUGUCCUUGGGCUAUAGUGACAAAACCUUGCGUGACAAGUAUUACGAUGGCCUUAAAAAUGACAUCAAGGACAUCAUGCUCUCCACCAUGUUCCAAUGGCGUCGCGCCACAGCUCAGCAGGUUUAUGACAAAGCAGAAGAAAUUGCCAACCAUAUCAAAUCCACACGCUUGUCUAAUCCAUCCGCUUCCACCCCCACUACUUGCGUAUCUUCCAGCACUGCCCCCAAUUCCAAUUCCACUCCCACUCGUACACGCCUCAAUGUGGGAGAUAACGUCUACAUGAUUGACCCCACCACUUGUCGCGCCAAGAAAGGCGCUAUCACAUCUAUUGUUCGUACCACCUCUGGCAAUAUGCCCAACGUCAGGUGGAAUGGAGAAUCCAAAGACACUAUGAUUCCUUUCCCUUCUUUGAAAAAAGACAAGCGUCCUGCCGCAAUCGCCCCUGUUAAGCCCAUCCUUGCCCCCACCCCUGUCCUGGCCUCGAAUGCUAAAGGCCCAGUGUUAUGGAUAUGA